CUCAGUCGCACCGCCGGCGCCCGAGGAAUGUCUUAACGAGCCCUUACACCGUGACGCUCGACGAGUCUUUCCAUAAAAUCACGUUUCUUAUCCGCUUAUCGUGUCGCAUCACUGACGAGAUAAUUCCGUCCCUGUCGAUCGCAACGCUUCCGAUAGCGUGAGAUAGAGACGGAAGAUCCGAAUUUUAGGCGCGGUUGAGAAAAAUUGUUUCGUUAUACGUGAACGCGUUCAGUGUUCGUCGGUUCACCUGACGUGCGGACGAUCGAUACAACACGAGUACGGCGCAGCACUAGCCCGUUUAAAAUUUAAUCGCGAAUUCCGAGACGGAGACGACCGCGCUUCACGCUCUCGCGUAGUGAUGUGUGUUAUGUAAAAUCAUUAUCGAUAGACACGGUGCGUGACAAACAUGAUGACUAUGGACGUCGGGAUGUACAACAAUCAGCAGAGUGGGUACAACGCGGAGUACUAUCAGCAAGGAGCGGCGUAUCAGCCACCGUACGAAGGAUACCACGAAGGGUACUAUGAGCCAACACCUUACUACGAACCCAUCAUCCAUGGUCAAGCGACACACGAGCCAGCUCCAGUAAUAAGCACAGACACGGGACUCUGUUACACAAACUUGGACUAUGGAGAACUGCAGCAAAACUACCCAAUACACACGCUACCACCGCACCCUGAAGCGUUCAAGCACAGGGAGGAGUUACCCAGACCAGAAGAAAUACACAUGCACGAACACAAACUGGACAAUCACUAUUUGGAGACGAAGUACAACAUGCAUUUUGUCGAUGACUCCAGCUUGCAAUACAACCACGCCGGCUCCCCACUGCCGUGCGGGGAGUUCGAUCCUUACUCCCCAAAGGAAGAGUUCGUAGGGUUACGAGACGGAUUCCCUCGGGACGGAGAGAUGCAAAACCAUCAUGUUGGUCAUCAACCUCAUCCGUCACACUCGGCCGUGCCAACGUAUAAGUGGAUGCAAGUCAAGAGAAAUGUACCCAAACCUGCCGCACCAAAGCUGAUGAUACCUCCAGCAGACUUCGUGAAUCAGGGCGUCCUUGGAAGUCCGCAAGACGGUCUCCGCACACCGACUGGCAGCCAGAUGCUCGCUAACCCACUCCUCAACUUGAACAACACCGGCCGAACCAACUUCACAAACAAACAGCUUACUGAACUCGAAAAAGAAUUCCAUUUCAACAAAUACUUAACAAGAGCGAGAAGGAUAGAAAUUGCGUCCGCCCUACAACUGAACGAGACACAAGUCAAAAUCUGGUUCCAGAAUCGAAGAAUGAAACAGAAGAAACGCAUCAAAGAAGGCCUGAUCGUAGCCCCCGAGGCCGCUUCAACAUCCCAUUCUAGUGCUAUCGGCUCAAAUGAGAACAGCAGGGAGUCGAGCUAAAUAGUGUUUGUGAAUGAGUGACAUUGAUACGAUUUACCUGAAUAUACAAAGAUGGGGUCAAUUUGAUAAAUUGAUCAAACCAUAAUGUCAAACGUGUAGGUAUAAUUGUAUGUAAAACCAACGGCUUGAGAUGCUUAUUUUAGCCCCAUUUGUAAAUCUAUUGAUAUAAAAUCUGUAACGAUAUUUUUAAUCUGGUUAUAUUUAAGAUAUAGCCGGCAAAAUCUUAACAAUUGAUAAGUGGUUUAUUAAAAAGUCUAAGUGCAAACGUGAUUGUGCUAUUAGGUGGUCAUCACGCUCCGCUUUCUCGUCUCUAAAAUAGAUAUUUAUGUCAUGUUUAAAUUCCGAAGUAUAAACCUAGUCGAUAGGUAUUUAAUUAUACAUAUUAAAUUAAUUGUAAAAAUGUAACAUUAUAUUAAUAUGUGUGCAGGUAUUUGUAAUAAAUAAACUUAAUGUAAAAAUCCUUUAAAAGGCCGCCACAUAUCUAUUUAAAUACAAUUUUAAAUCCUUAUUGCGUUGUAACGUAAUAAAUAAUAUGUAUUUUUCCUCGCUGCGUGAAAUUCCAUACUAAUUUUUUUAUAAGCUUUUUUAUAAGUUGUCAAUUAUUAAUUUCAUCAAAAAUGAUUCAUAUUUUGUCAAAAGUCACAACCCUUUGUGAUAUCAUUUCAAAAAGGUUCGAUAUUGUUUUUUUUUUUUCAUCCAUAAAAAGAGUAACGAUUAUGAAAAUUCCGAUUUUUUUUAUUCUGCCCGAUUUAAUUUUAGAUAUAUUUAUUAAGCUGAAAUCAAAUACUACACCGUAAGAUCUUUAAUUGUAUGUUUUUUUAUUCCUGCGAAAUUAUUUUUGUAGCACAAUUAAUGAACUUUAAUUUAAAUAGUAAAUAUUUUCUUAAAGUUACAUACGCCAUUUUGUAAUAGAAAUACUUUCAGUGUUUAGUUAUGAGAUUACUUAGGAAAUAGUUUUCAUUUCUAAGAUCAAAAAUAUGUAAAAGGUAGACCUUAAUGUGAAUUUUGAAAUUCAUACAUAGAUAAACUCAUUUUUUAAUUUAUUUUUUUACAAUUGUUUUAAUUGUUUGAAUAAAAUGCUUUUAUAUUUUAAGACAUUUUUUACGAUGUAAUUUAAACCAAAGUCUAUUUUGUUUUUUAUUUUAAAAGUAAAGUCAGCAGCAAAAGUGAGAAAGGAAAUUUCAGUAUGAGUGAAAUUCAAAAUUCGAAUUAUUAAAACUGAUUCAAAUGUAUUGCUUUUUUAUUUCGUUUUUAAAAAGGAAAGAUACCGACUAUGAAACAGUUGUAAUAAAUAUUUAAAAAAAGAACCUUAUUGCUGCUGACUUUACCUUGGUCAUUUUCAAAGUAACGCUUUGAAUGCCUCUAAAAUGCGGAUGAUAUUUUAUUUUUCUUAAAUUUGAGAAUGACCGCAUGUCUGUAGAAUAGUAAUGUACAGGUUUCAAAUAAAACCAUCGCUAAUUAAAUGUGUAUAAAGUGCGUUAAGUACGAUUGUGUGUACAUUUUUGUAUUAUUAAGUAACUAUUAAAUCUACCAAUAAAUUAAUUAUAUCUAUUUUCAA